CCAAGAAGACGGCAACGAGAAAAGCGGCAGCGUGUUGUGUUGAGGUGGGGGUGGUCGGUCGGUCGGUCGGUCGGUGUCGGUAGCCACUUCAAGCAGUAGCAGUAAUCACGUCUCGUGAGGGGAAAGGAAAGCCGGAAAAGCGGCUGAAUCUCUUGGAUCUCGUUCUCGCGACUGUGAAGUGAACUAUUCUGGUAAAUUAAGAUGUCUGCAUUCACUCCUGAUCAACUGAAACAACUGCAGACCUUCAUAGAAGUCUGCAAGAUGCAACCGGCCAUUUUACACAUGAACGAAUUCAAGUUCUUCAAAGAUUACAUUGAAUCUCUUGGUGGAAAAGUACCUGCCGCAAGCGCUGGCCCCAAGAGCUUUGUUCCGAACCCCGAGCCUAAGGUUGAGACACCUCCGGAAUCAGAGCCGAAACCAGCUGAAGAGAGUGAAGAGGAGAGUGAUGUCGAAAUUGACAACGAAGGGGUUAUUGAGCCUGACACUGUUGAUGAUGAUGUUCUUCCUAAUCCUGAGAAAGAAGUAUCAGAAGAAGAUCUAGAAAAGUCUAAUGAAUCACGAUCCAAAGCAAUGGAAGCUUUCCAAAGAGAAGAUUUUGAAACUGCUAUUCAGUUGUAUUCAGAGUCUAUUGCUCUAAACCCUGGAUCUGCUGUGCCUUAUGCGAAAAGAGGGCAGACUUAUCUGAAACUGCAAAAACCCAAUGCCUGCAUUCGGGAUUGCACCCAAGCCAUCAAAAUCAACCCUAACAGUGCCAUAGCUUUUAAGUUCCGUGGACGUGCCCAUAGACUGUUAGGCCACUGGGAAGAAGCAGCUAGUGAUCUCUGGUCUGCUGCCAGGAUUGACUUUGAUGAACAAGUUGAUGAGUGGUUGAAAGAAGUAACUCCAAAUGCCAAGAAGCUAGCGGACCAUCGCCGCAAGCAGGAGCGCCGGAAGGCGGACAAGGAGUUCAAGGCGCGCCAGGAGCGCGUCAAGCAGGCCAGGGAGGCGCAGGAGCGCGCGCGCCAGCAGCAGGAGAAGCAGGAGCAGGCCGAGCAGGAUGACGACGAGGAGGGAGGCAUGCCCGGCAUGGGCGACUUCUACAAGCUGUUCAACGACCCCGAGAUCAUGAACGCCUUCAAGGAUCCUGAGGUGGCGGCUGCAUUCAAGGACAUCUCGACCAACCCAGCCAAUAUGCUUAAGUACCAAGGCAACCCCAAGAUUGCUGCCAUCAUCAGCAAGCUCACCUCCAAAUACGCUUCAGCAGGGGGCGGUGGCUUCCCUGGCAUGGGUGGUAUGGGUGGUAUGGGGGGGUUUCCGGGGAUGGGGGGCUUCCCCCCAGGCGCAGGGGGGCCUGGGGCCGGACCCGGGACUGGUUUCGACGACGCGGGCUUAGACUAAUGAUGCGCCUUUAUCUAAGAUUCCCAAACCUCAUGGCCAGAAGGUAAUACAUAAAUAAAUAAGACAUUUAGUCGUUGGUUUUACGUGGUUGCCAUUGUUGUUAAUUUCAAGAUUCACCUCAUUUGCAUUGUUGACUUUUUGUUUUUAGUUUCUGGUUGUUUUAUUUUAUUCCACGUAAAGCAUGUGAUUUUACAAAUAUUGUAAGCUAACUUCAUUAAGUAGUUUGCAAUAAGUCAAUGUAAUGUCUUAAAUGCUUAAUCUGAAGACUGCUGCACGCUGUGCAACCUUAAGAAGACUAACUGAGGAAUUUAUAGAUUUAAUGUUACUUGAUUAGUGAAUAAAUCCUCGUUUGUUUUUUAGAGUAAGUGAAAUACAAGCAUUUAGAUUUGUCUUU